AUGCAUCCCGCAGCGGACGACAUGCAAGAGCACUCGCCAUCGACCAAGGCCAAGGUGACGGCCGCUGCCCCAUCAACGCUGCGCCUCGAGUCGCCGUUCCAUGCUGCCGCGCGACGCGGCCAGCUCGAGCUCCUAAAGUCACUGCGGAGCGCAGCCACUCUCGACUUGCUCAACGACGACCACAACACGGCGUUGAUUCUCGCUGCCUCGCGCGGCCACGCGGCUGUCAUCGAGUACCUCGCCAUCCAAGGCGCGAGCAUGGAGGCAACGACGCGGGAUCACUCCACCGCGCUGCUCGUCGCUGUGCGAAAAGGCCAUGUCGGAACCGCCCGUCUUCUCGUGCAACACGGCGCCGACAUCGAAGCACGCAACAAGGCGGGCGAGACGGCACUGGCGAUCGCGGCCAAGGUUCAAAAUGCGGCGCUCGUCGAGCUCCUCGUGCAACACGGCGCCGACGUCAACGCUGUGCCAAUCAAGUCUCUCUGCGCCAUCGUGCGACGCGCCUUGGACGCCGUGCGGAUCCUCUCAGCCUUUCUGUGCUCCAGCCAAACGUGGUCCAUGCAGCUCAAGGAGACGCUACUCGAAUGCGCCUUCUUGUUCAACAAGCCGUCGGUCGUCUCGCUCUUGGUUCCUGUGACGCCGCUCGACCGCAUGCACAAGAGAAGCCACACAUGGCUUCAGCGCGCCACUGUACGCGUCGAUUGCGACGACGAGGGGCCGGCGUGCCUCUUGCUCUUACUACAGCACGGCCUCAACCCUGAGCUGCGCGAUCGGGAAGGAAGCACGCCGCUGUCACUUGCGAUUGCGGCGCAAAAUGCGUGGGCUGUCAAGAUUCUGGCUGCGUACACGGACUUGACGUCGAUCGAUGGCCUCGGCCUCACGUACUUGGGCCGCGCAGCGAAUCGUCCGACCGUGCUCGCGCUUUUGCUGCAAGCCGGUGCCGACCCCAACGCCCGCGAUCCUAUGGGCCGCACGCCCUUGUACCAUGCCGUUCAAAAAGGCAACUUGCGCAGUGUCGAACUACUACUGCCGUUGACGCGCGGUGCCAAGGACCACCGAUUCACCCGCCGCGUCUCGCGGUCGUACUUCGAGGUCGCACUGGCCAGUGAAAACGUUCUCGUGACGCGGUAUCUCUACGUCCAUCUCUUCGCUGACGUGCCGCCGCCGCCGACGCACGCGCUCUUCUUUCAACCGUUCGCAGCGCUCAGCGUGCCACGUCAGCGCUUCUUCUUCUCGCGCGUCGGCUGGUUCCGCGCCGUGGCCUCGCCGCUGAAGCCGAUGGAAGCGGCGUACAUCAAUGCGCUCUGUGCCAUCGUUAGCGACCCGACGUGGCCAUCCCGCCGCACACACGCCAUGGAAUUGCCAGCGGACGCGCAGUCGCUUCUCGAAGCCGAGCUCGAUACAUUCUCGCCGGCCCUGUUUCUUCAUCCUGCGCACGGUGUCGUGGUCUCGGACGCCCACCUGACGUCGUGGGACGCACGUCAGUGGCGGACGCUCUUAGCGCCACUGACGGCAACGCGCGGGAGCGACAGUCCAGUCCAGGACGUCGUGAGUCCGAGUGUCGGCUGCGGCGUCAUUGGGCAGACGCAGUGGCAGGCGUCGUCGCAUGAGAUGCGCUUGAACAGCGGCAACGUGCUCUCGUGGGCGUCGGUCGUGCCGCCCGAGUGGCAGCGCCAUGUCUCGGAGCACUUUCAGUGGCUGCCGACCCCGGUGCAUGUCGACGAUGCGACCGGCAAGGCAACGUUUACGUCGUACAUCAACGAUCUCGACCCGGGGCACACGCGCAUUUACGAUGCACUGGCCGCGACGCUGACGCAGCUACUACCGCUUCUUGCUGUCAGCACACACACGAUGCUGCACGACGUUCCUCGCGUCCAGCGCACGCAGGUUUUGUCAACGUCCGAGCUCGUGCGUCGCCUGUAUCACGCCCACUCGAACGAGACGCCGACAUCGUCCAAGGUACGCCGGUGGCAGCGACAGCAAACAUCCGCGGGUGUCGAUUUUGAGGCGCUUGCCAUGCGACCGGUGUUUGUCGAUACCGUGCCAACUUGGCCAUUUCCAUCAAUGUCGCUACCACGAGACCUCCUCGUGCACGUUGCGAUCACGACGCUGCAUGCCACGCCGACCUUCGCCGGUCAGAAGUGGACCAAAGGCUCGGGGUUGGUCAACGAGUUUGUCGUCGCCGUCGGCGUUGUCGUCUGCGACUGCAACAAUGUCGCCGACGUGGCCAUUGAGUUUGCCCACGAGCUUGCGCCGCCUCGGUCCACGACCAAGGGAGCAGCGACGGCGGCGAGUCCACAGCUUCAGAGAACGGGCUACAUGGGACUGACGCCGGGCCGGCUCGUCUCGAUCCCGACCGCUGGCGUGUACCGCAUCGCGCCGUUCUCAGCAGCCGAUGCCAGCAAGCCCGGGCACGUGACGCUCGUGACGUACUACCUCGUGCACCCAGACGCGAGUCUGCUCUCGACGGCCCACGUCCUUCCGCAGCACAAGGCGUGGCUGCACCAGCACCUCGGUGGCACGCGCUUGGGAGCCCUUCCCGAUGGUGUUCUCGACGAUGUCCUGGACUUUGUUGGCUGUGGCUUUGUACGCGACGCCGAGCGUGCGGUCCUCGCAGCCGCCGACAAGCAAGUGCGCACACAUAGCCUCGCUGCCUACCAGUUGCCGGCAGCGAUGCUCUGA